UUUUGCGGACGAAAGACGCGAAAAGCUCAAAUAAAGGGACGAUGGUGAAUUUACAUCUUGCGAAGAUUGACGAAAGUAGCAGUUUUUGCAAUGGUAGCGCUCAAUUUCAACUAUAUUUUUCCACAACUGAAUCACUCCCUCAUCCAGACCCGAAAUCGGGAACUUUUUCAAGUUCCAGUUUCAGAUUCAAAGAUCUGUUUGUGAUUCAGAUUCAGCCAAAUCAUAUUCCCAAUUAAGAUUCAGAUUCAGAGACUUCUCAGACCACUGGAAAAUGAAAGGAUGCGGGAUGAAUUGGAGAAAGCUGUAAAUAUCAUAUGGAACUGUCGGCUACCAUCACCAAGAUGUGUUGCAAUAGAUGCUGUUGUUGAGCUUGAUUUGGUCUAUGCUCUACAAGUGUCCGUCUUCCCAGAGCUUAUCUUCACUAAAGCUGGAAAGAUCUUAUACCGUGAGAAAGUGAUUCAAACAGCCGAUGAGUUGUCAAAAAUAAUGGCAUUCUUUUAUUACGGAGCAGCCAAACCGCAUAGCUUGAAUACCAUUGGAAAGAGUAAAAAGAGUGAAGAACCAAUCCCUACCAUUUCAAUCAACAGCAAACAGUUGUGA